CUGUCAGUUUGAAUAAAAUGUUGCAUUAGUGAAGUCGUUUCUCAGUUGCCUUAAAAAACGGUUUAUUGACAACAGUUAACAAACACGUAAAUUAUUUUAAAUAAAUUGUAUGUGAAUAUUUUGUAUUGUUGUGACUGUAUAUUGUAAAGUGGCGUAAUAAAAAUGGCUACACAGCCAGAAGUCGGUGUGUCCGACUUUGUCCUGUUGGACAAUUUGACAACGGACAACUUUGUCGAGAAUCUCCACCUGAGAUUCAAACACAACAAGAUUUACACAUACAUCGGCGAGGUGCUGGUGUCAGUGAAUCCGUACAAGUCGCUGGACAUCUAUGGGCCGCAGCACAUGGCCCAGUACAGGGGCAGGGAGAUGUUCGAGGUGCCGCCGCACGUGUACGCCGUGGCGGAUGCCUGCCAGAGGGUGUUACGACAACAGGGCAAAGAUACGUGCGUGCUAAUAUCAGGGGAGUCAGGAUCGGGGAAGACGGAAGCGUCCAAAUUUAUCAUGAAGUAUAUAGCCGCUAAUACAACGCAAGUACACAGAGAAUACAUAGACAGGGUAAAAAAUGUAUUAAUCCAGUCAAAUUCGAUACUGGAAACAUUUGGCAACGCAAAAACUAACAGGAACGACAAUUCGUCGAGGUUCGGCAAAUACAUGGACAUUCACUUCGACUACAAGGGUGACCCGGUGGGCGGCCACAUCAGUAACUACCUGCUGGAGAAGAGCAGGGUUGUCAGCCUGCAGCCAGGCGAGAGGAACUUCCAUUCGUUCUAUCAGUUGCUGAGUACGAACAAUGCACAUACGAAGAAGUUCGGUCUUAACACGACCACCACGUACAAGAUACUAGGCAGCGAGCGUCCAACGGCGCAGGAUUCCAAAUUGUUCUCAGUAACAAAUAGUGCGUUCACGUCGCUCGGUUUCUCGCAGGCUGUUGUUACUGACAUAUGGAAUAUAGUCGUCGGCGUCAUAUUGUUGGGCGAGCUGACGUUCAGCGAGGGCCAGGAGGGGCAGCUGGAUGUGGGCGGGCCGCUGCAGGCGUGCGCGCGGGCGCUGGGCGUGGCGGCGGAGGCGCUGCGCGGCAGCAUGGCGGGCCGCGUGCUGGCGGCCGGCGGCGACCUGGUCAGCAAGCGGCACUCGCUCUGCGACGCGCACUACACGCGCCUCGCGCUCCUCAAGGCCGCCUACGACCGCCUCUUCACCUGGAUCGUGCAGCAGAUCAACAAAGCCAUAGAAGUGCCAGCUGGGACGUACAAAAACACGCUUAUCGGUGUCUUGGACAUAUACGGCUUCGAGAUAUUUGAAACGAACAGUUUCGAGCAAUUCUGCAUCAACUACUGUAACGAGAAGCUGCAGCAACUGUUCAUUGAGCUGGUGCUGAAGCAGGAGCAGGAGGAGUACGCGCGAGAGGGCAUCCAGUGGACGCCAGUCAAGUACUUUAACAACCGCGUGAUCUGCGAGCUGGUGGACGCCCCGCACCAGGGCAUUAUCGCAAUCAUGGACGAAGCCUGCCUCAACCCCACCAAGAUAUCCGAUAGUCAGUUACUAGAGGCAAUGGAUAAAAGGCUGAGCGGUCACAAACACUACACGUCCCGCCAACUGUCGCCCACAGAUAAGAAACUGAAGCAUUCCGUAGACUUUCGAAUAACUCACUACGCUGGCGAGGUGAUAUACGCGGUGACCGGCUUCAUGGACAAGAACAAGGACUCGCUGUGGCAGGACCUCAAGCGGCUGCUGCGCUCCUCCAGCAACGCCUCGCUCGCAGACAUGUGGCCCGAGGGCGGCGAUCACAUACAGAAGACAUCGAAGCGGCCUCCGUCGGCGGCCACGCUAUUCCGUAACUCGAUGUCCGCGCUGGUGGCGGGGCUGCAGACCAAGGAGCCGUUCUACGUGCGCUGCAUCAAGCCCAACCCGCUGCAGACGCCCAACACGUGGGACGACCAGCUGGUUCGCCACCAGGUGGCAUACCUGGGCCUGGUAGAGAACGUGCGUGUGCGCCGCGCCGGGUUCGCGUCGCGGCAGCGCUACGACCGCUUCCUGAAGCGCUACAAGAUGCUGUCGCAGUACACGUGGCCCAACUUCCGCGGCACCAGCGACAAGGACGCCGUCAUGGUGCUGCUCAAGGACCUGCAGGUCACCGACGUGCAGUAUGGCCACACGAAACUCUUUAUUAGGAGCGCGCGCACUCUUCACCAGCUGGAGGCUGCGCGCGCGGACCUGAUCCCGUCCAUCGUGGUGCUGCUGCAGAAACUCUGGCGCGGUACCAUCGCCCGUAUGCGCUACAGGAGGAUGCGGGCGGCGCUCGUCAUAUACAACGCAUGGAAGCGAUACAAGGCCAAGCGCUACAUAGCGGAGCUGCAGGCCGAGCUGAAGCGCAACCGCGGCGUCAUAAAGUGCUGGCCGCAGCCCCCGCGGCGGCUGCCGGCCGCGCUGCUGCAGGCCGCCUACCGGCGCUGGCGAGCCUACCUCACGCUGCGGCCCGUGCCCCGCGACCAGUGGCCGCAGCUCAAGAUGAAGAUCAGCGCCGCCAGCGCGCUGGCCGCCCGCCGCCAGCACUGGGGCGCCGCGCGGGCCUGGCGCGGCGACUACCUGGCCGACGACCACUACAACGCCAAGUCGGCUCUAUACAAAGCAUCGAUAGGGAACCUGCAAAGGACGCAGCAUAUCGGCAAGGCGUUGUUCUCGUGUAAAGUGCACAAGUUCAAUCGAUACAACAAGCUGGCGGAAAGGUGCCUGCUCAUCACGGACUCGGCAAUAUACAAAUUGGACGCGAACACCUUCAAAGUGCUCAAGAAACCCACGUCCAUAUCUGAGGUGGGCGCGGUGCGUAUAAUGAGCAGCGAGGUGCAGCUGGUGGUGGUGAGCGUGCCGGCCGCCAACAACGACCUCGUGGUGGGGCUCGUGCCGCCCGCCGCCGCCGCCGCCGCCGCCGGCAGCGCCGCGCCCGCAGACCUCGUCGGCGAACUCGUCGGCGUGCUCGCCAACAGAUACCACAUGUUGACAAACGGCGAGUUGACGGUAGAAGUGGAACGAGGAGCUACGACCCGGUGCACGCUGGGCGGCAAGACGCGAGCGCUGCAGCUGCCCGCCGCCUCGUCGCCCGCCUCCCCCGCCGCCCCCGCGCCACACCCCUUCACGCACGCACACAACGUCAUCACCUACCACCCCGCCUCCGCGCGCGCGUAACCUUCAACCGAGCGUUCCUGGAAUGACGAGCAUUCCCGGAAUGACACGCAUCUGUCGAACGACUGCAUACCCGAAGCGGGACCCGCGUGACUGCUACGUAUACGUUACAAGUAAGCAAUUAUCACAUUUAACCCACCAUUAAUGACGUCAUCACAACUGUAAUAUUAAUAAAAAAAAGCUAAGGACGCGUCAGAUGUGAUUUUUUUAAAUUUUAUAAUUGAACCAUACUCUAAUCUAGUUAUUUACAAUCAUUGCGUGAAUUUACAGGGUACAGAGGAAUAACACCUGAGUCCUCAGGAAUGGCAACGCAUGGGGGGUAUCAUGGGCGAAACAGUAUAUUCUGUUAUGUCCAUGGUACUGCUCAUGUCUAUAGGCGACGGUUACCACUUUCAAUCAGGUGGGCCGUCAGCCUGUUUGCCAUUCUAAGUUGAAUAAAAAAAAAUAAUUAUUAAAGAAAAUUAAAAUUUUUAACAUCUGAAUAGGGCUGUAGAAUUAUUAAAAAAAAAAACAUGCUUACAAUUAAUUUUAAUUGAACAAACACUGUUUCUAUUCUAUUCAUUCUUUCAAAUUUGGAUUAUCUUUCUUCAAGUAGACUUGUUUAUAGGUACUUUUAAAUAGUUUUUUUUUUUUAAAUCUACUCCAGGCUUCGGAAAGUUGUUAUUUGCCGAGAAGAGUCAUAACUUUUUAGUUUUUGACUUUACAUUUAACUACUUGUAUUUUACUGGUGCAACUGAUAUUUUUUUUCCUAAAGAAAAGUGGAUCGAACAAAGAUAAAAAAAAAUACUAAAAUUUUUACUUACUUGAUUGAUUGACUUCGAAAAAGGUCUCGCCCUUUUUCUUUUUUUCAAUUCAAUUGUAUUUUUUAUGUUUGCUAUUUCAUAAAUCCAUCAUUUAUAAAACGAUUUGGAUUUUUUUUUAUCUAAAAGGUUUUAUUUUCAAAUUAGUCAAUUAUAAUUUUAUCGAAAUCGGUUCAGUGCUUUUUACAUCAAAGUUUUUUAGGUUUGGUUUUGUCACCAUUUCAGUUGGUGUUAUUUUUUUAUACCAUUGAGGUGGCAAACAAGCAUACAGCUCACCUGAUGGUAAGCGGUUACCGUAGCCUAUGAAGGCCUGCAAUACCAGAGGUAUUACGCGCACGUUGUCGACCCUGAAGAAAUCUCUACACCAGUUUUGAAGAAGACAUAUUUGAUAUUUUUGUAAAAUAAAAUCUUAAAUUUAUUGAACACCUAUUUCUUUGGGAAAAAAUAUUUAGUUUCAUAGAUAACAGUUUUUAAAAGGAUGUUAAUGGUUUUGUUGAAAAAAAAAAGAGAAAAAAAAAAAUUAAAAAAAAAAGACACCAUACAUUCACACUAACAGAACAACGAGUUUUAGUAUUCAUGUAUGACAUUUAUUGUAAUUAUUUAUAAUAAGAAUUGUGAUUUAAAGUCGGAAGCAUUUAAGUCAAUAAAACAAAAAAAAUCCGAAAUGUGAUUACAUCCAUAUGAUAGAGGGAGAUAUAUAUAAAUAUAUAAAUAUAUAUAUAUAUAUAUAUAUAUAUAUAUAUAUAUAUAUAUAUAUAUAUAUAUCACAUUUUAAAACAGGUUCAGUUAUAUUUAAUCAAUUUGAUGAUAAAAAUAAUUUAAGUGCUGAUCUAUAGAAAUAAUAUUGCAGUCCUUUUUAUUCUUCGUAUCAGUGAAAGAGAUGGUGCAUUGUACACUGGACAGAAUAUUAAUGUACCUACGUAUUAGUCACGAGUUAUUUAGUUCAUAAUAAUAUUAAAUAAUAAUAAAUAUUGUUAAUUUAUUCAAAAGUGAUAAUUAAUGCUAGUUUUUAUUCGAGUAAUCAUAGUGAAAUAUUUUUGUUAUUUUUUUUUUAAUUAUAUCUUUUUUUUUACAAAUAUUUUUUAUUGUGGCGUGUAAACUUAAUAAUGUGAUGAUAAAAAAAAACAAUGGUUCUACAAAGAAAAACAAUAAUAAUUAUGUACUGUUGAUGAUAAAAAUUAAAAUGGUGCCUCAAUUUAUUCAUGACGUGAUGGCUGUGGAGAAUAUUUUCCUUUGUCACUCUUAAUUAGCAUUAUAAGUAAUUAAGAGUUGGUGGAUAUUUUUAAAAUUAGAACGGCGGUAAUUGAACAUAAUUUAGUAGGCAUAAUUCAAAUUGUACAAGAUGGAACUCAAAACAAUAUAAUUGACUAACCGAAAUGCCUUAUUUUAAAAUAAGAAUAACCGAAUGUACCGACCGAAAUUUGGAACAAAAUGGAGACAGGGUAAUAGUGAAAACAUUUUUAUUGGUCAGUUUUAUGAAAUUGGUAUAUGUUUUAUUUUUAGGUUAUAUAGAUAGAGUAUUGAGUUUCAAAAACGAGUCAACUUUCUGUCAGAUAAAUUGUCAAAUUAGCUGACGCGUUUUUUAUCAGUGUUUUCUAUACUCAACCAUAUAAUGUACCUUGAUGUAUCUAUAUUUAAUUAUUUAAUAAAGAAAAUACAGUGUUUACCCAUUAAAAAGAUGCAAAAAUUAUAAAAUAAAAUAAAUAUAGAAUUUAUAAAGGUAACACUCAUAAUUAUUUGUCACGCAAAAUUGUAUGAAAAAGUUCGCUUUUCCUGAAGCAUUUGUAUGGAGACACUCUAUCUAUAUAAUCUAAGGGCUUCUUUUAAACAUGCAGUUAUCUGAACAAUUUCUUAUUAUUUCCAAAUUUAUCUCCGCUAAAAAGGAACCCUGUAUAGUCCCUGUGUUCUUAUGCAAAUAUACUUAAGAAACACGUAAGCAUCUAUUCGAAAUUUUUAUACAAUUUCCAUCUAAUAAAACAAGCACAGAGUAGAUUAAAAAAUAGCCGCAUCUUAUCCAGCUCUAAAUUAUAAAUAACUACGUAAAAACUAAAAACAUUUUUACACUAAUUUAUGAUUGCAUAAUUCAUAAUUAAUAAUUGUCAAUAUUUUGUAUAGUAAUAUUAUUAAAAUAUGGAAAUAUUUUGAAUUCGCAUCGAGACGGUCGUCUAGUGGAGGGGUAACUUAGUAAGCACAUUGGCCUCACUAUGACGUAGAAGCUAUGAAUUUAAACCUCACCCGUUUCGAAAUUUUUUCGAACAUUCACCUAUAAUUCUAAUUAUGUCUAUAUUUCUCAUAUUUUAAUAAUAUUUAUAAACCAUUUACAACUUGUUUCUAAUUAAAAAUAUCCUGUAAAUAAUAAAAUGGAUAAUAAUUCUUUUAUUUAUUUAUUAUAUUCGCAUUUUAAAUGUUUUUAAUCGAUAAAUAUGUGCCGCACCUAAUGUGGUUUUAUGUAUUAAAAUAAUGUAAGAAACCAAUUAAUUAACGUACAAACUGUAUUUAUAUUAUUAUUAUAAAUUAUUAAAAUAAGUCAGUAUUAAUUAAGUUUUGUUGAUAGACAACGAUAACACGUUAUUGGUUGACGCAAUAACGUUAUAACUGUUAUAAAUAACGCGUUGUAUAUAGCUGUUAAUUGUAUGUUGAACGAGUGAUUAGUGUCGGACGUGCCUUGUUGUGGUGCCAUGAGAUUUGUAUUACAAUAUAAUAAAUACAAUAUUUUUCUUUUGAAA